AUGGGUGAAGCGGUUCAGCCCAAGGUGAUUGACCAGUGGGCCAAAUAUACGACUAUUAUCAAUGCCUACGGACCAUCUGAGUGUUGUAUACAUACUACAGCAAACCCAAUCCAGAGAAGAUCCGAGGCAUCAAAUAUAGGGAAGCCACUUGCAAGUCUUUUCUGGAUCGUCAACCCAGCUAAUGUUGGACAAUUGGUUCCAAUCGGUGCACCCGGCGAGCUACUAAUUGAAGGGCCCCAGUUAGCACGUGGUUAUUUGAAUGACCCUGUCAAGACCGCUACUGCCUUUAUCCAUGACCCAGCCUUUACACAACAUUUUGGUCUAACUGGCCGACGGAUGUAUCGGACUGGUGAUAUGGUGCAGCAGAAUGCAGAUGGCUCUAUUGUAUAUAUCGGUCGCCGCGACACACAGGUUAAGAUUCGUGGCCAACGUGUUGAGAUUGGUGAAAUUGAAAGUCAGAUUGUGUAUCGGCUUCCAAAUACAACCGAAGCUAUUGUUGAUGUGGUGCGACCGGCUGGUGAAGCCUACGAUGGAGUUCUGAUGCUAGUAGCUGUUAUCGAAUAUCCUGGGGCUGGAUCAUCUAGCAAUGGACCGCUAGGUUUGUUCGAUUAUUCACAGAUUACCGAUGCCACUCGCAAUAGCCUCCAGCGGUUGGACAUCGAACUCGGCCAGAUGCUACCGGCCUACAUGAUACCCACAGUGUACCUCCUUACUCCAAAGAUCCCAGUGAACAAUUCUGGAAAGCUGGACCGCCAACUCGUGCGGGAAGAGCUCCGCCAAAUGUCCCGCCAGUUGCUGAGUUGCUAUUCUUAUUCAAUAAUCGCAAAGCAACCUCCAACAACCCCUAUGGAGCAUAGACUGCACAAGCUAUGGACUACAGUCUUAUCCCUUCCUCCCGAUGCAGUGGGCAUCAACGACUCUUUCUUCCGACUUGGUGGUGAUUCCGUCUUAGCUAUGAAGCUGACAGCGAUGGCCCGGGCUGAGCAAAUCCCCCUCUCUGUGGCUGAGAUACUCCGUGCGCCCCGUCUAGUAGAUCUGGCGGAGGCUUUGCUAAAUAAGCACAAGGACUUUGGCCUCGCGAACAAAGAUCCAGCCCCGUUCAGUCUAUGGCCUGAAUUAGCCCAGGUUGACUCCGACACAGAUAAGGCGCAAGAACAAAUGUUGGCAACUGUUGCGACACAAUGCACCAUUGCAACCGACCUAAUCGAGGAUAUUUACCCUUGCAGUCCCCUACAGGCUGGUCUUAUGGCGAUCACUGCACAACGUCCCAAGGCAUAUGUCGCCCAACGCGUCUUCCAACUACAGGCUAGUCUCUCUCAUUCGACAGCUUAA